CCGUUUUUUUUUUUUUUGGUAAAAGCCAAGAACAAGCAAACAGAACCCGACUCUCACGAGGAGGUCCCGGAUAGUGGCAAGAACGAAUUCGAUUCUGGGGUGACUGCGAAUACACCCCGUUGAAUACUUUGUUUUUCUUUUGUUUAUCACUUUCUUCCUUUUUUUUCGGGUAUUUCACCUCUCCUACCUAGCUACUAUUAGCUAUUCCGAGCUUCCUUGAGAUUGAUUCGAGUCGCACCGUUUCCUAUCCAGGCGCUUUGCAUCCCGAUCUGAUGCCUGCUGCGUUCGAAAGAAGCUCAGGGGACUUGGCCAGCUAGGGGAUACGACGCGCUCACCCCAAUCCCUCUCUCUCUCCGUCUCUUUUGACCUCUAUAGAACCAAAAAAAAAGAAGGAAAAAAAGAAGAAAAAAAGAGAGAGAAACCACGCUGCACCAUGACGAAUGCCUCCACGACCCCGCCCAAGCAGCGGGGGAUCCGCAUCGCCAUCGACCGCGGUGGCACCUUCACCGACUGCGUGGGCAACUACAACGGCCAGGACGUCAUCAUCAAGUUGCUCUCGGAAGACCCGGCCAACUAUAGCGACGCGCCGCUCGAGGGUAUCCGCCGCAUCAUGUCACACUUUCUGGGCGAGGAGAUACCGCGCGGCAGCCCCCUCGAUACGAGCCGCAUCGACUCGAUCCGCAUGGGCACCACGGUUGCCACCAACGCGCUGCUCGAGCGCAAGGGCGAGAAGAUCGCCCUGGUCGUGACCAAAGGCUUCGGUGACUGCCUCGUCAUCGGGAACCAGUCGCGGCCCAAGAUCUUCGACCUGGCCAUCCGCAAGCCCGAGGUGCUCUACUCGACCGUCGUCGAGGUGGACGAGCGCGUCACGCUGGAGGACUAUGCCGAGGAUCCCGAGCGCACCGUGACCAAGGUGGACGUCAGGGUGGGCACCCCCGAGGCUGCGAGCGCCGACCUGGUCAUGGGUCUGUCUGGGGAGGCGGUGCGCGUGCUGAGGAGGCCCGACCGGGCUGCGGUGAGGGAGCAGCUGCAGGCCGUCUUCGACAGCGGCAUCCGCAGCGUGGCAGUGUGCCUGAUGCAUGCCUACACCUUCCCGGACCACGAGGCGCUCGUCGGCGAGGUCGCCCGCGAGAUCGGCUUCCGGCACAUCUCGCUCAGCCACGAGCUCAUGCCCAUGAUCAAGCUGGUCCCGCGCGCGACCUCGGUGUGCGCGGACGCGUACCUCACGCCGGCCAUCAAGAGGUACAUCUCGGGCUUCCAGCAGGGCUUCGAGGGCGGCUUGGGAACCAAGAGCGUCGAGCACGGCAAGGGCGGCAAGGGCGCCCGCUGCGAGUUCAUGCAGAGCGACGGCGGCCUGGUGGACGUCGACAGGUUCACCGGGUUGCGUGCCAUCCUGUCCGGCCCCGCCGGCGGCGUCGUGGGAUACGCCAUCACCUCGUACGACGAGAACACCAGGAUCCCGGUCAUCGGGUUCGACAUGGGCGGCACGAGCACAGACGUUUCGCGGUACGGCGAGGGCCGCUACGACCACACGUUCGAGACCACCACGGCCGGGGUCACCAUCCAGUCGCCGCAGCUGGACAUCAACACCGUCGCUGCCGGCGGCGGCUCCAUGCUAUUCUUCAAGAACGGCCUCUUCGUGGUCGGGCCCGAGUCGGCCGGCGCCCAUCCCGGCCCGGCAUGCUACCGCAAGGGAGGCCCUGCCACGGUCACGGACGCCAACCUGUUCCUGGGGAGGCUGCUGCCGGAGUUCUUCCCCAAGAUCUUCGGGAAGAACGAGGACGAGGGGCUGGAUCCCGAAGCCAGCAGGAAGGUGCUGCAAGAGCUGGCUGACCAGAUCUACCGAGAAACCGGCCGGAAGAUGGGGGUGGACGAGGUCGCCUACGGCUUCUUGACCGUCGCGAACGAGGCCAUGACACGGCCCAUCAGGAGCAUCACCGAGGCCAAGGGCCACGACACGUCCAAGCACCGCCUGGCCACCUUCGGCGGCGCAGGUGGCCAGCACGCCGUCGCCAUCGCCGAGUCCCUCGGCAUCAAGCAGAUUCUCAUCCAUCGGUACUCUUCGGUCCUCUCGGCCUACGGCAUGGCCCUGGCCGACGUCGUUGACGAGAGGCAAGAACCAGAAUCGGCCGUCUGGUCCGACAAGGGGGACGUGGUAGACCAGCUGAAGCGGAAAAUGGAAGGUCUCAAGGAGAAGUCCCGCCAAGCGCUGCGGGAACAGGGCUUUGAGGACAGCGAGAUCGCCUUUGAGGAGUACCUCAACAUGAGGUACCGCGGCACCGAAUCUGCGCUCAUGAUCGUCAAGCCCACUGGCGAGCGGGAAUGGGACUUCGGCACCGCGUUUGUCGAGCACCACCGCUACGAGUUCGGUUUCACCCUCGACGACAGAGACAUCAUCGUCGACGACGUCCGGGUUCGCGGCAUCGGCAAAAGCUUCCGCUACAACGAGAAGAGCGUCGACGAGCAGCUCAAGACCGUCACGCGGAAAGACGUGCCGGCAGACAAGAAGCACUCCGAGGCCGACGUCUACUUCGAGGGCGGCCGAGUGAAGACCCCCAUCUACGAGCUCGGGGUUCUCUCGGUAGGCGAGGUCGUCAAGGGGCCCGCCAUGCUGGCUGACGGCACCCAGACCAUUGUGGUCACCCCCAACACCACGGCUCUCGUGCUCGAGACGCACGUCGUCAUCGACAUUCCCGAGAGUGAGAAGGACCGGCACUCCAAGGCGUCCGAAGAACGCGAGGUGGAUCCCAUCAUGCUCAGCAUCUUUGGGCACCGCUUCAUGGCCAUUGCCGAGCAGAUGGGGCGCGCCCUGCAGAAGACCAGCGUCAGCACCAACGUCAAGGAGCGCCUAGACUUCUCGUGCGCCAUCUUCGACGAGAACGGGGGGCUGGUGGCCAACGCCCCUCACCUGCCCGUCCACCUGGGUUCCAUGUCGACCUGCGUCCGCCGGCAGGCCGACAUCUGGAAAGGCAAGCUCAAGAAGGGAGACGUCAUCAUCUCGAACCACCCUUCCUACGGCGGCACCCACCUCCCGGACGUCACUCUCAUCAUGCCUGCGUUCAACGAGGCCGGGGACAAGAUCCUCUUCUACGCGGCUUCGAGGGCUCACCACGCAGACAUCGGGGGCAUCACGGCCGGCAGCAUGCCUCCUCACUCUCGCGAACUGCACCAGGAAGGCGCCGCCAUCAAGAGCGAGAAGCUGGUCAGCGAGGGUAGGUUCAACGAGGAGCGCGUGAUCGAGCUGUUCUACAAGGAACCGGCCAAGCACCCCGGCUGCAGCGGCACGCGCUGCCUCGCGGACAACAUCAACGACCUCCGCGCCCAGGUGUCGGCCAACCAGAAGGGCAUCUCCCUGAUCGAGGCGCUCAUCGCCGAGUACGGCGAGGACACGGUCCAGUUCUACAUGCUCGCGAUCCAGAACAACGCCGAGCUCCAGGUCCGCAACCUCCUGCGGACCGUCCACGAGCGCUUCCGGGGCAAGGACCUCUGGGCCGAGGAUUUCAUGGACGACGGCAGCCCGAUCCGGCUCCGGAUCACCAUCGACCCAGAUAAGGGCGAGGCCGUCUUCGACUUUGCCGGCACCGGGCCGGAGGUGUACGCCAACAUCAACGCUCCCGAGGCCAUCUCGUACUCGGCCAUCAUCUACGCGCUGCGGUGCAUGAUCUCGGAGGACAUACCGCUCAACCAGGGCUGCCUCAAGCCCAUCACGGUCAAGAUCCCGCCCAAGUCGCUCCUCUCGCCGUCGGACAACGCGGCCGUGGUCGGCGGCAACGUGCUGACGUCGCAGCGCGUCACCGACGUCAUCUUCCGCGCCUUCGAGGCCUGCGCCGCCAGCCAGGGCGACUGCAACAACCUGACCUUUGGCUUCGGCGGCAACGUCACGGGCCAGGCCGAGGUCCGCGGCUUCGGCUACUACGAGACCAUCGCGGGCGGCAGCGGCGCCGGCCCGACCUGGGAGGGCACCGACGGCGUCCACGUGCACAUGACCAACACGCGCAUCACCGACGCCGAGAUCUUUGAGCGUCGCUACCCCGUCCUGCUGCGCGAGUUCUCCAUCCGCAGGGGCUCCGGCGGCAAGGGCCAACACCGCGGCGGCGACGGCGUCGUGAGGGACAUUGAGUUCCGCAUCCCGCUGCAGGUCUCCAUCCUCAGCGAGCGGCGGGUCUACCGGCCGUACGGCAUGGCCGGCGGCGAGCCGGGCCAGUGCGGCCUGAACCUGUGGGUGAGGAAGGUGAAGAAGUCGAGCUGGGAGAGCAGCCUGAGGAAGCUGCAGAGGGAAGGUCAAGGACUCGGCAACGGUAAUGGGGUUGUGCAAGGCGACAAAGGGGGGCAGGAGGAGGAGGAGGAGGAGGAGGGGGAUGAGUACGAAGAGCGGUUCAUCAACCUCGGAGCCAAGAACAGCGCGCUCAUGGCGGCUGGCGACCGCAUCAUUGUGUGCACGCCGGGCGGUGGCGGCUGGGGCAAGGUCGGCGAGGCCAAGGCACUCGAGGAGAAGGCGGAUCCCACGCAGAGCUGGAAGAAGGGAUCGCAUGCCGCGAGGGAAGAGACGGCACUGCAGGCUUGAAGGAUGGUUAAUGGGUUUUCCCGUGCAAAAACGUGUAGUAGACAGGCAUAUGAUGCGAAAGUAGUAGCAAUCAUCACCAUUGUCUCUUGCAGUCA